CAAGAAAAGAAUAAAAAUCUUUUUCUGAGAUAUAAAAAAUGACGCCCAAUCAUUUCUUUCUUUUUUUUAUACUUUUCUUUAUGACCAUACACUCUCACCUGUCCUUUGCCAGUAGUCUUCACCCCAAGAUAGAUACGUGCAUUGAACUGGACGAUAUCCAUGACGACUGUUUUCUUGAUAUUGUUUACGAGUUACCAGCAAGUGUCUUUGUGGAUCCUUACCAGUUACGGGAUAUGGAGUCUCGUAUUGGUAAAGCAGAAGUCUUUGGUGAACACGAUCUUGAACUGCCAUUAGAGAAAGUAAAAGAACCGCGUGGAAGCAUUGUGCUGCUAAGACAAACCAAUUUGACAUCUCCUAUUCGCAUUCAAUUACCAAUACACACUCGAUACCAAAAGCCUGCAUCUCAUCAACAAUACCGAACUGUGACUAUCAAGGUUCCUUAUGCAGGCUGGACCUGUGGAGCCUCAUCAUGGCCACCGAUUGAUCAUGAACUGCUCAUACCUUACAAUAGGUAUCAUACAAACUCCCGGUUUAUUCCAAUUUCCAAUAUAGAUCCAAAGGAGCAACUCGAGUUAUCAGUACCAGUCGGCAGUAUACAGGAUAGACAGCUAGUGACACUAGGCACAUUUUGUAUCGUUAUCCUAUGCUCGGCUUGGAUCGCUCGCUCGAUGCUUGUUUCUGUUAAAAGAAGAAAAAGAACUGAAGCCAAAGGGAAGAGAAGGAAGUCGGAUUAGGGCUGUACACUUUUUGAGCAGUAACAUAAUAAAAGAUUGAGCUUAUAAGCCAACAACAUUAAUAUCAAUAAUCAUUAAGUAGUCAUGGCUGCACAUUGUCUUUUUUUUUUAGGUUGUGAACUGAGACUAAAUAAAAUCAAAAAGCAUUAAUGCAGGAUGUCUUUAGUAUUCAAAAACCGCUUAUUCUAAAGGGCAAAAUAUGCACAGCACACACAAUAAGAGAAAGAGGAGAGGUAUUUAAAAACGGACUAUUGGAAUAGAGUAUUGCAUCUGUUCUUUUAGAUGGAAUUUCUCCUUGUGAAACAAAGCCUAAGAUUCGAAAAAUUUGACA